AAGUAAGUGAGUAAGUGGGUGUGCUUCGACACGUUAAACAGAAGCAAGCAAUCCAAAUAUCAAGCGAAGGUCACAUUUGCGAUUCGGCAAAUCACGAACAUGUCUUCCUUCUUCUAAUGCGAUUCAAUCAUCGUCGUCGUGGCAUAAAUAAGAGUGGCGCCUGCUCUUGCCGGAAUCCUCUUCUACAUGGAGGAUUCUCUCUUUUGCUCGUAGGUUGAAGCCGUGGCCGGUCGGCCGAGGAUGGAAGGGUUGGUUUUUGGUGGGCGAGAAUGUGAGAGAGAUUGCGAAGGAUGAGGACGAGGAAGGACUUUGAUGAAGAGAAGAAGGAAGAACGUUACGUGUCCGUCCAUCGAUGCUCUGUGGUGGUGUUGCGUGUGUGUGUGUGUUAUGUGAAGAGUGCGAGUGCGAGCGAGUGAGUGAGUGUGCGUUUAGGUAUUGGUGGGGGGCAAUUGUGGUGGUGUGAGAGAGUCGAGUUUGGGAGUUCGGGUGGUGUGUCCUGACUGUGGAGGCAGAACUCCUCCUGUGGCAGAGCGAAUCACCGCCACUCUGGCCCACCUCCACCUCCACCUCAACAUCACAAUCCGUAGCGCAGUCGGUUUAGUCACAAUCGGGCGAUCGUUCGCUCGACACGUGUUUGCCCAAACAACAAAAAGAAACUCCACUCCACACUCACUACCUUCUACUACUACUACUACUAUUCACUCACUCACUCACCACCACCACCAAUAUACCUUUAGUACGAUUAUCAUCGCUGCUGUCGCAACAACUAUUACCACUAUCAUCUUCUACUCUGCACAUCCAACACCAUCAGAGUAUCCUAGUGAAGAAGUGUUAAGCGCGUUGAUCCGUCGCCCAACAACAAUAACAGCAACAGUAGCAACAACAAUAACAAAUCAAAAUUUGAAAAUAAAAUAGUGCUCGUUUACGAAAAGAGACUUUCAGUGAUAAACCAACAAGAGCAGCAGUAGCAGUUUCUACGUAAAAAUAAAUUGCAGAGGUACAACGACCAAGUGCAGUUCGGAAUAAUACACAUAUGCGUACAGUGCGUGAAAGCAAAAGAAAUAAAUAAUAAGCAGAUAAAAAGUGUUCACUCGAGGAAAGUGGUGUUACAAAUUUUUUUUUGUCAUUCUCCCAUUUGAAUCCAUCACAUAUACAAGAAACGACGACGAAGACGACAACGGGAACGACGAACGCAUCGGAACAAACGAAGAAGAUCGAGGAGAUAGACGGUGUGGUGCGUUGAAGAAGAAGAAGAAGGUGGUGAACCGACGGAAGGGUCCGCGGCCCUCAGCCGCCACGCGCUAAUGACGAUGGCCGAGAGUGCGGUCGAACCUUCUUCUGGCAACGAGAACAACAAUCAUCACCUGUUUGCAAACCACAACCGACCAGCGGGGAAGCAGAGGAAGCGCAAGCGUCUUAGUCAAGUGCUGGACAAGCUGACGGGGGUCGCCGCUGCUGCACCACCACUACCGACCCUCUCACACAACAUCCACAACAGCAUCAACAAUAAUAAUAAUAAUAACAACAUAGUGGCACCGCAACACAUCAUCAUCAACAAGAUCAGCAGCUGCAGCAGUAGCAACAUCAGCAUCAACAACAACAACAACGAUAACAAGGAAGAGGAUGGACGCGCCCUGAAGACGCCUAAACACAUGUCGGAGGUGUUCCAGUACGAAAAGGAUCGCUACCAGCAGCAAAGCGAGGAGGACGAAGAUGUGUUCAGUCCGGCGAGCAGCGGAAAAUCUCCGCACAGCUCGAGCGAUUCGCCGAGGAUAAGUUUUAGUCCGUUGAGGCUGAAGGAGGACGAGGCGAGUUCAAGUCCGCCGCUGCCGAAACCGUGCCUCUGUUAUCACUGCGUCACCGGGGUCGGACACCAUCCUCCGUCGGUGCACCCAUACGACAGAUUCUUCCCCGCCAGUCCCAUUUCGCCGCUGACGCCAUCCUCGACGGCGCCUCCACCGUACAGCUUCGAACGUUACCUCCACUCCAAGUACCUGCCCGACAUCUUUCGCCGGAGGAGUCAUUCCGAUUCAGAUCUGCCGCUCUGGUUCGAGAACAAUAACAACAAUCAUGGAGGUGGUGUUGGUAGCAGCAAGGUUAAGGUGCCAUUGGUCGCGUGGCCACAUCCCUUGGGAGGUAUCUCGUCGGGGAAGAUAGAUCCGGACGCACUACCUAGCCAAGAGUCGCCGCUGGACCUCUCGAUGAAAGGACGUCGACGAGGUGCUGGGACAGGAAGUGGUGGAGGAGCAGGAAGCGGCGGCGGCGGAGGCGGUGGCAACAACAGCAACAUGCUCGUAAUGGGAGGGUUGCCACCUCUUCAGCUGCUGCCGCACGGCUUCGUUCCGCCUCGCGGCGUCAGCGUGCCCGUCGUCAAGGGAGAUGUCGCCUCACCAACGACGAAGGAAUCUGUAGCAUCUCGCUACAAUCUGGAGGUAUCUCCGGUCGUCGAGGAGAUGCCACCCGGUUCGGACGUGGCCUACGUAUGUCCUGUGUGCGGGCAAAUGUUCAGCUUGCACGAUCGCCUCGCGAAGCACAUGGCCUCGCGCCACAAGAGCCGUCAGAACGCUGGGGACUCCACGGCCAAGGCCUACCUCUGCGAGGUGUGCAAGAGAUCAUUCGCUCGCAGCGACAUGCUCACUAGGCACAUGAGGCUGCACACGGGCGUCAAACCGUACACGUGUCGCGUUUGCGGUCAGGUCUUCUCCAGGUCCGAUCAUCUGUCCACACAUCAGCGUACCCACACCGGUGAGAAACCCUACAAAUGUCCGCAGUGCCCUUACGCCGCCUGUCGUCGCGACAUGAUCACCAGGCACAUGAGGACGCACGCUAGGUAUGAACCAGACCAUCACAACACGCCCACCAUCAAAACGGAACAGCAGCAACACAACUGAUCAUCAUCAUCAUCAUCAUAAACAUCAACAUCAUCGUAAUUAAUCAUCGAUGUAUACAAGAAUUUGCGAUUUGAACAAAAGACUCUAUACACAUACAACACACACACACGCACAUCUCACGCAAACGCAAAGAUCUCAUAUCAUUCCAGCGGUCAAGAAAUCGCGAACAUGUGCCAAAAAACAAAAACAUAUGAAACGAAUCUCUCCAAGUUAAAUUACAUUAACAACAACUGAUCGCAAAUCACAUCCACCAAACAGAAUACACAUACACAAACAGAAAGAUAUUUACAUUGAAAAAUCUAGUUUUUGACAAUAUAUACAAUGAAUCUGCGAUGAAAUUUGGAUGCAUCUCGAAAAUGGAUCUACUACGUAACAUAAACACACACACACAUUCACAAGAAAAAACGUAAGCGAACAAAUCUGAAUGUAAUAAUUAUUAAAUGACACGAUGCUGUGAUAUUUUAAGAAAGAAUUUAAACGAAGGAAAAAUACGUUUUAUUAUUAUUAUUAUAACUUAUUAUUAAUAUGUUUUAAUUGAAUUGUUUUUUUUUGUUGAAUCACGCGCUCUCUCUCUCUCUCUUAUAUACAUACAUACGUUAUAUGUUAUGAUGUAUAAAUCUUUCUACUUCCGCCAGUUAUUACUUAUUUUGUUUAUUUUUAAAUUUGCCAACAUUACACUGUACAUAU